AUGAAAGGUCUUAAAAAGACUUUGCUGAACAGAAAGAGCUCGCAGGACAGCACGUCCAAGAAAGAACAGAAAGCAAAUGCUUUAGCAGCCUCUGCGGCUGCUAAUCCACCACCACCACCCCCUAAUACUUCCAAGCCACUGCCGAAUCCGACCAUUUCUCUCAACAAUGCUUCUAAUCACUCCUCUCAACCUCGUUCAUCGUCCCCUGCCUCGUCGCAACCUUCUACUCCGGACCGCAGGCACUCCGGCGAUGCUUCGCUUUCUCCUCCUAUCGUCGUCGUCAGUCCCGAUAACUCGGCAGAAUCAGCUCAUCGCACUCAACUUUUGUCUGAACGGCACGCCUCGAAUCUUGAUAGCCAAGGAAAUGCCACUCCCCCUCGUAAUACUACCCUCAACCGCCUAAGAGCCGGACCCAAGGAUACCAUCCCUAUCGUUGGUAAACCUCCGCGGAAGCAGAGGAGCAGUCGUUUCGUCGUGACGGAAAAGGUCGAAAUAGAGAGACUUCCACCAUUCAUCGAAACACCUGUGAAUGAGCGACCGAUCCUUUUCAUCAAAAAGCUACACCAGUGCCGGGUCCUGUUUGACUUCAACGACGCCAGUGCCGAACUCAAGGGUAAACAGAUCAAGGCUCAAACGUUGCAUGAGAUGCUGGAGUAUAUCACCACGCAGCGUGGUGUUAUUACCGAAAGUGUAUACCCCGAGGUGGUCAACAUGUUUGCCGUUAACCUCUUCCGUUCGAUACCCCCACCUGUGAACCCCAUCGGAGAUGCGUUUGAUCCCGAAGAGGAUGAGCCUGUCCUCGAACUCGCUUGGCCUCACCUUCAAAUCGUGUAUGAAUUCUUUCUUCGAUUUGUCGAAAGCCCCGAUUUCAAUACGAAUUUGGCCAAACGGUACAUCGACCAACCCUUUGUUCUCAAUCUUCUCGAACUUUUUGACUCGGAAGAUCCGAGGGAACGCGACUUUUUGAAGACGACGUUACAUAGGAUCUAUGGAAAAUUCUUGAACCUCCGUGCGUUCAUCAGGCGCUCCAUCAAUAACGUUUUUUACCACUUCGUCUAUGAAACUGAACGCCACAAUGGUAUUGCUGAGUUACUGGAAAUCCUAGGCUCUAUUAUCAACGGUUUCGCCCUGCCUCUCAAAGAGGAGCACAAGAUCUUCUUAACCCGCGUACUCAUUCCCCUCCACAAAGUCAAAAGCCUUUCGCUAUAUCAUCCUCAGUUGGCCUAUUGCGUAGUGCAAUUCUUGGAAAAGGAUCCAUCACUGGCGGAGGAUGUGAUGAUGGGCUUGCUCCGGUACUGGCCCAAGGUCAACUCUCCCAAGGAGGUGAUGUUUCUGAACGAAGUGGAAGAAGUACUUGAUGUCACCGAUCCUGUAGAAUUCCAGAAAAUUCAGGUGUCAUUGUUCCAGCAGCUGGCCCGAUGCAUCAACAGUCAGCACUUCCAAGUAGCCGAACGGGCGUUGUUGUAUUGGAAUAACGAAUAUGUGGUGAACUUGAUGAGCGAUAACCUCGCGACCAUCCUUCCAAUCGUUUUCCCUGCCUUGUACACCAACUCGAAAUCGCACUGGAAUAGAACAAUACAUGGCAUGGUAUACAACGCCCUGAAGUUGUUCAUGGAAAUUAACCCCGAUCUAUUUGAUGAAACGAUGCAGCAAUACAAGCAACGGAAGAUCAACGAGCAACAACAAGCCGUCAGUCGAUUUGAAGCUUGGCAAAAGAUGCGUCAAAAGGCCGUAGAAAAUAUAGGAGGAAAGUUGCCUGAGGGAUUUGUCGAGAUACCGUAUCCGUCUCCACCUCCGCCACCAUCAGCUGAAGAUGUCGAUAUUCUUGAUCUGUCGAUGGAGUUGAACGCAGCAUCGAUUGACGACGUGACAGGAGGUCUAGACGAGCACGGCAUCGAACGGGUGCCCAUGGCUGACCCGGGACUGGAUCAAAUGUACCCCGAUGUGGGAACAGACCUUACAGCAUCGAGUCCUGGUCAAAGCCCCCAUGUUCGCCGAAAAAGUGUGCUACCAGUGGAUCCUUCGGUUCUUCAUGAUCUACAGGCGCAUCGAAGUCUUGAUGAACCUAAUAGGAACGGUUUACAUUGA